AUGGACCCUUUCGAGAAAUCAACGACGGUCGAUCCGGAAGUACGAGCCUACAUCUCUUCGCUCGUGAAUGCUGUCGGAGGUAGCUCCACAUACGACAACACCUACCAAGUAGGAGACGACGCUGUUGCCGUUCUUAAGGAUCUCCAACGAUGGCUCCGUUUAUACGACGAGAAGACGAAUCGCUUGGACGUGAAGAGAUGUCUGGCAGAAGCGAACUUGGUCAAGAAUGAUCUCCUCGAGAUUUUGGCACUGUGGCCUGAGAAUGUAGACAAUAAGCACAAGGCCAAAUUGGCGCUGGCAUGUCUGGAACUGCUUGUGCCAUUGACUUGGCCUCUGGCGCUGGAGGGCGAAAACGCGACGGUGAAUCACCACCGUCACGUUCCAUAUCUACAACUGGCGCAAGUUGGGUACAAGAGAGCGGUUUUGCACUUCGAGUAUGCGAAGAUACUUCGGACCGCCGUCCGCGUGGGCCUACCUGCUAUGGCGCAACCGCGAAGAGAAAGGAGCAGGAGAGAUGAAGGCAUCAUCAAACUGGUCCUCUACUUUUUCCGCAACAUAGCAAUGAUCACGCAACCUCAGCGUCUGCCUUCGCAGGGCGAUGAGAACGAGAUCAGCCGAAGCGCAACGAUCGAGGCGUUUCAACAGCAAGACAUCUUCAGCGUUCUCCUCACUAUUGGAUCCGGCAUGAACGAUGAAUUCCAAGAGCAGGACGUGAUCAUGCUGGAAAUCCUCUUUCACCUGGUGAAAGGCAUCGAUGCGAGGAAGCUAUUCAUGAAGAAAGAGCAGGUAGCGAACGAAGAGACACAAGAAUUGAAGACGCUGCUCCAGAAGGAGAAAGCCAUGCACAAUAGCUACAAUAAGCAUGCACCGACAAGGCACAACAGAUUUGGCACGAUGAUCUGGGUGAAGCGUGACGAAAUGAAAAUGUCGACCGUCUCCGGGCAGAGCACGAUUACGGAUGAGAGCACCACGCUGCAUCAGAUGGACCGCAGCAAGAAAUGGAACAAGCCGCAGUACAGAGGCAAGCUUGCUCAAGAGUUCGACGAGAAUUCUGAUUUUGGAUCCCAGGGUCAGCUAUCGGAGAACGCCAAGCACCACCUCCGCCGGUUUGUGGAAGACUUCUUAGACUCAUCAUUCAACCCGUUAUUCGCAAGUCUGCGAAAGGCAAUCGAGCGCGAAGCCGAUCGCGUGCAGGAUACGAGGCACCAUAAGCAAUAUUUCUAUCUCAUUUCGUGGUUUUUGUCAGCCGAGGCCUCUAGACGAGAUCAGUCUAGAAGAGAGAGCACUUGGAAUGCAGACCGCGCGACACAUGUCAACCCAGAAGACAAUACCUUUGCAUAUAUUGCAGCCGUACUGGACCAGGAGACGUUUGUGCUGCUCAACAGACAGAUGCAGACAGCGUUUGACAACAAGAACUGGCAGGACUUACAAGCAACACUCCUCUGCUUUACCCAGAUCCUGUUGACGGUGCAAAGUAUGGCGCAAAGCAAAGACGAAGAGGACCAAGAGAUUGCGGAGAAUAUUCAGAAUCGCAUCUUCUACGAGGAAGGGACUCACGAUCGGAUGGUGCAGAUAUUACGAGGCUACACUCAUCAAGGUUUCGCAUAUCUAGAUGCUGUCACGGAAUGCGUGCAUGUCUUCGUCCGCAUGCUGGAGAACUACAGCAAGCAGAAUGUCGACCUACAGAUCCGGUCUAAGCGGCGAGCUCGCAAGAGGAAGAAGCAGCAGUCUGGCGAUGGUGAAGGUGGUGAUGAUCCGGAAGAGAAUGCUGGAGAUGUCGAAGAUGCUCAUAGAGCCGUCUCCGAGAGGAAGUUCGACUUCGCAAGGUUCUCGGCCAAGUUCCUGUCGCAGCCCUGCGUGAACACUUUCAUCGCCCUGACGCACUAUCACCGCGAUCUGACACCUGUGCAACUGAAGCGUGCUCAUAGAUACUUCUACAGGCUAGCUUUCAAGCACGAGCUUGCUGUACUGUUGUUUAGAGCCGACAUACUUCAUCUGUUUCACAGAUUGAUCAAAGGACCCGAAGGCCUGGAUCCUGCAAUGGAAGGCUUCAGAGACUGGGAACAACUGGUUCAGCAAGUCUUCCGCCGCUGCAUCAAGUGGAUGGAGCGUGAUACUGAGGGACAGGGCUGGAAGGAGGCUAUGGUUGUGGAGAUGCUUUUCAGUAAGAUACCGGCGACUGUGUUCUACCUCCAGAACGGGUUUGAGAAGGCGGUAGAGAAGAGGCCGCCACGGCCACCGGCGGAACUGGAGCUCAAGGCUAGUGUAGUUGAAGACCAAAGAAUCGGGGUUGCCGUUUCUGUGAUGAUAGAGCAAGCCAAGGCAGAUGCAGUCGGCUGGGUCAAGAAGCAGCUCGAGAAUGCCGCUACCGAGCGACAAGCUUGGGAAGAUGAACAAGCGGCCCGAGCAGGCGUGAUGGAUGAAACAGAAGACGGUGCUGCUCCCGAGCCCAUCUCGCCUCCUUCGAUCUUCAUCACACCUGACACAGACGAGCGCAAGACGGCUUUGUUCAAGGACAAACAUCUUCGCCUUCUUUUGACGACCCUCGGUAUCCAGCGUCUUGGUCUCGCCGAAGACGUCGACGCAAGCUGGAUCAUUCCCCCUGAGCUCAACUUCUCCCUGCUUAACGAAGCACUCGACCAAAUCAAAAAGGCCGAAUUUGACCCGCCCACAUUCAAAGACGACAAAAACGCCGAAGAUUUCAUUCGCUCGAAAGCCUCUGCCCGCCGCAAUGCAUCGUUCUCCGAUUCGGACUCUGAAGGUGAAGGGGCGGGUAGCGGUGGAGACCUCGACGAAGCCAUGUUUCCUCCAAAUAUCCGCGAGAAGCGCCGUAAGAGAGACGAUGCAGGUGACCGACCAAAGAAGCGCAGGAAGAGGGAUGCAACCGAGCUUACGGAGGAAGAGGCCGAUGCCAAGAGGAAAGCAAAGGAGAAGAAAGAUUCGGAGAAGAAUGCUAAGAUCAAGUCGAAGCUCUUCAUUACAGAUUCUGACGAUGAGACUGACGAGGAGCGCGACGCCGAGUUCUUCAGACAAGAACGCGAGAGGAAAGAGCAGACGGCUGGAGUCAUUCGAAAGACUCUGAUCAAGCAGGUGAAGAAUGCGCAGAAGGAGGAAAAGAACUCGAAAGGGAAGAAGAGUAAGGCUGCUAAGGACCAGGCUCGAAAUGCAAAAGCGAGCUUGGGCGACGGUAGCGGUGACGAUGAUGAAGACGACGAUGAGGAUAUGCAGGAUGCUGGAUCUGCUUCCUCUGCGAAGGUCCCUAUCGUGCUGUCUGACAAUGACCCGUCGUCUUCGGAGCUGGAGGAAGAGAGUGACAAGGCGGAUGAAUCGGACGAUGAUGGUGUGCAGGCAGGGAAAAAGAAGGAGACUCCGUCAACAUCGCCCACACCGGCCAAAGAUGCGAGCUCUCCACCUUUGAAAGAAGUGUCGGCAAAUGCAGCCCAUGCAAUGCCUGUGGAAAGUGAUGAUGAAGAUGAUGAUGUGCGAAUCACGAAGCCUGCUGCAAGGAGAAAUGUGAGAGCUGGAUUCAUUUUGGAGGACAGCGAUGAUGAGUAG